AUGGAAGAAUCAUUUCAUUUCUCGAUAUUAAGAAUAUCGAUAUGUCAGAUGUUGAAGAGUAGUGGGUUUGAUAAAUGCCAACCCUCAAUAGUGAAUAUAUUAACUGAUAUUUAUAUCAGAUAUUUAACGACGUUACUUAAAAAAAGUAUAAAAUAUUCAAUAAUUCGUCAACAAUCAAAUCAAAUACAGAUCCAGGAUAUACUACAAUCGAUGAUUGAUAUUGAAUUUAUCAAGCCAUCGAGCUUUGAGAGUGCAUUAGAUAUUCAAGAUGAUUAUCCCAAAUUUGAAACAUCUAGGAAAAUUCAGCAUCAAAAUUAUAAUACUAAAUCGAUAGAAUCAUUCGUUGAUUGGUUAAAAUAUAGUGAUAAUUUUAGAAUAAGUAAGAAAUUAGUGGAAGUACCUGAAAACUUAUUAAUAAAUUUAAUUGAAAAAAGAAAGAUUGAUGAAUCUAAUGAAACUGAUCAAGAAAGAAAAAAAAGGAAAUUAAAGGAAAGACAAGAGUUUUAUAAUCAAUUUAAAGUUGGUGAUAUAAGUGGGAAAAGACCAGUUGGAUUAAUUGAACAACAUGAACCAUCAUUAAUACAAGAAGAUGAAACUAUUGAAUUAACAAAAGAAGAUAAAUUAUCAUGGUUAAUUUACUUAACAGAAAAAGAUUUAAAAUUUGGUCAUAAUUUAAAAUAUCUAAAUACAAAUUUAUCAAAUUAUUUAUUAGAAAUACAAAAAAAUGGGAAAUAUCAUCCAAAUUCAAAAGAUUUAACUACAAAUUAUCAAUUUUAUUUAAAGAAUUUAAAAAAUUUAAAUAAAUUUGACUAUGUUAUUGAUAAUUUAAAAGAAUAUUAUGAUGAAAUUGAAGACGAAAUUAAUGAGGAAGAUAAAUUAUUACCUUCUAAAGAAUUAGAAAUGAAUUUGCCUUAUAAUAUAAAGUAUAAUUCCGAAUUGUUAAAUGAUAAUUUAGAUCAAUAUAUAGAGUAUACAUCUAAAGAACAAGAGACCCAACAUGAAGAUGAACAAUCAGAAGAACAAGUGAACAAUCACGUCAAGGAUGGUAUCAUAAUAAAUGACGACGGAAUUGGCGGUGACAAUAACUUGAUGUUCAUGUAAUCGGAUUUCUUACAUUUCCGGGUCUAAUCUAGAUUCUUCCCGACGCCUCAUUACUUUAAAUAUCAACUAUUAUGUGGAGAAUACCCAAAAACAAUACUUAAGGGUCCUUUCAAUAAAAGCAACUCUUGCUGCUUCCCAAUGAAGGAGUAAUGUACCUUUAACUCAGUUUCUUGCCAGGGGAACGCGUCUUUGUAAAAGAAUUUAGGGUUAAAUAGCCUUGACAACAAGCGAACGCGUCUACAUAGUUAGUGUCAUACGUAUAGUAUCGUAAUACAUUAU